CCAGCGUGUCGAUUGUGCCGAUGGUCUUUAGCCCCUCUGCUGGCUGCUUCACUGGAGCGUAGCGCAGAAUGGAGCUUCCCCAGCUGGAACAUGUGAGGCUACGCAGGUGUGACAGCGCAGCCUCAGUGCCUCAAUUCUGUAACUCUCCCACACUGAUUGUGAUGGUGGGAUUGCCAGCCAGAGGGAAGACAUACAUCUCCAAGAAGCUCACUCGCUACCUGAACUGGAUCGGAGUGCCUACGAAAAUGUUCAACGUGGGUCAGUACCGCAGGGAGGCCGUCAAGAUCUACAAGAGCUUUGAGUUCUUUAAACCUGAUAAUGAGGAGGCCAUGAGGAUCCGCAAGGCCUGUGCCGCUGCCGCCCUCAAAGACGUCGCUGCCUACUUCACAAAGGAGCAUGGACAAGUAGCCGUAUUUGAUGCCACCAACACCACCAGAGAGCGAAGGGCAAUCAUCAUUAGCUUUGCAAAGGAGAAGGGCUACAAAGUGUUCUUUGUGGAAUCAGUGUGUGAUGACCCAGAAAUCAUUGCAGAGAAUAUCAAGCAAGUAAAAUUUGGGAGUCCAGACUACGUGGAUCGUGACAUAGAUGAGGCCAUGGAAGACUUCAUCCAGCGCAUUGAGUGCUACAGGGCCAGCUACAUGCCUAUAGAUGACGAGAAGGACCGGAAGCUCUCCUACAUCAAGAUCUUCGAUGUGGGGAGUAGAUACCUGGUGAACCGGGUCCAGGACCACAUUCAAAGCAGGAUAGUCUACUACCUCAUGAACAUCCACGUCACACCGAGAUCCAUCUACCUGAGCCGCCACGGGGAGAGCGAGCUCAACCUAUUAGGUCGCAUUGGUGGAGAUUCAGGCCUCUCACCCAGAGGACAGAGGUAUGCAAACGCCUUGGCGGCCUUCAUCAAAGGUCAGAACAUCAGCGAUCUGAAGGUGUGGACGAGCCACAUGAAGAGGACCAUCCAGACUGCAGAGGCCCUGGGGGUCCAGUAUGAACAGUGGAAGGCCCUCAAUGAGAUAGACGCUGGGGUCUGUGAGGAGCUAACCUACGAGGAGAUUCAGGAGAACUUCCCAGAAGAGUUUGCACUGAGAGAUCAGGACAAGUAUCGCUAUCGCUACCCCAAGGGUGAGUCCUAUGAGGACCUUGUCCACCGUCUGGAGCCGGUGAUCAUGGAGCUGGAAAGGCAGGAAAAUGUUCUGGUUGUCUGCCACCAAGCUGUGAUGCGCUGCUUGCUGGCCUACUUUCUCGAUAAACCUGCAGAUGAGCUGCCUUAUCUAAGAUGCCCCCUUCACACAGUGCUCAAGCUCACACCGAUAGCCUAUGGGUGUAAAGUCGAGCCAUUUUUCCUCAAUAUUGAAGCAGUCAACACACACAGAGAGAGGCCUGUGAACGUCGACAUCAACAGAAACCCGGAGGAGGCCCUGCAGACGGUUCCUGACCACAUAUAACUGCUGUUUUGUGAGAGAGGGACCACAAUCAUAUGAAACUGGAUGUGUUGCUGCUUAUUAGCUCCACUUAAUAAUAGAGACGCGCUCCAGUUGAAGGUCGACUGUGUGGAAGCAGAAGACAGAAGACGAGGUGUGCGGCUAACAGCCUGCGUACAGAGGCACAUGUGACGGAGAGGGUGGAGCAGGAGAUGUCUGUGAAAUGUUCCUGUCUUAUCUGACUAGAGUUUGCUUUUCUCCACAUGUUGAAACUGUCAUGUUGUUUACAAAUGAUGUAGAGAAAACUGUGUCCGGAGGCUGAGAGGAAGUUGACGCUGUGACCUGGGCUGACAUGCACAUGUAGCUGUUGUACAGAAAACACAAUGUGUUGUUGAUGAUCUAAUUAUGGAGGUGAGAAUCAGCACCAUGGACA